UGGGCCGACCAGAGCACCGCCCAGAAGAACUAUUAUUCCCAGCGCGCCGUGUGGCUACGGGCAGUAGGAAGGCCAGAAAAGCAUUGUCUCUGUCGAGCUGGGUAGAGGCAGAAGGGUCUCGCGGAGGAUGGAGGAAAAACUCCCCACCGGCAUCAAGCCCUACCUGGACAAGCUCACCUUGGGCGUCACAAGGAUAUUGGAGACUUCCCCAGGAGUUGCUGAAGUGACUUUUGUGGAAAAGGAGCCAGCUGAACGCCACACAAUCAUCUCUUGGGAACAAAAGAACUCCUGUAUAUUACCUGAGGAUUUAAAGAACUUCUAUCUGAUGACUGAUGGCUUCCAGAUGACCUGGAGUGUGAAGACUGAUGAUACUCCAAUGCCCCUGGGCUCCAUGGUGAUUAACAGUGUCUCAAAGCUGUGUCGCCUUGGGGGUUCCUCUAUGUACACUCUACCUAGUGCUCCAACUCUCGCUGACCUGGAAGAUGACACAGAUGAGGAAGGUAAUGGAGACAAACCAGAGAAGCCACACUUUGAUUCUCGUAGUCUUAUCUUUGAAUUAGACCCAUGCAAUGGGAAUGGGAAAGUCUGUCUUGUUUAUAAGCAUGCUGAACCAGUGGUCUCCCAGGACACAGAGAUCUGGUUCCUGGACAGAGCUCUGUAUUGGCAUUUCCUCACCAAAACCUUCACAGCCUACUACCGCCUGCUCAUCACCCACCUGGGUCUUCCACAGUGGCAGUAUGCCUUCACCAGCUAUGGAGUCAGCCCCCAGGCCAAGGUUUUGAUGAAGAAAUCCAGCCAGUAUUGAAACCCAAAAGCCAACAAUGCAGAGGAAAUAGGCAACUCUGGUGCCAGCUUAUGUCUUCCUAAAGAAUCCUUCUUGGGAAAGGUGUACUCCUUCUUACAGGUUGGGAAACUGAGACAUGAACCUUCCCACAGUGCUGCCAGCAAUAACAGAAGAAAAACAUCAUUUAAGGAAGAAAAUCUGUUUUUUCUCUUUGUUGCCUCUCUCAGAGGUUUCCUACCCAUUAUUUCCCCAUGAUGAGCUGCCACCCAGCUCUCAUUUUAAUCAGAAAACAUAAGCCAGCAUACAUGACUGGAUUUAAAAC